UGAGCUGGUCAUCGGGUUCAUCACAGCACUGCAGGCAGGUCUGCUGCUCCUCAUGGGCACCACAGACAACAUUUGGGUGUGCUACAUAGCCUACGUCCUCUUCAGAGGCUUCUACCAGUUUCUGGUGCCUAUUGCCACUUUCCAGAUAGCCUCGUCACUCACCAAGGAGCUCUGUGCCUUAGUGUUUGGCAUCAACACCUUUUUGGGGACCAUCCUGAAGAGCAUCAUAAACCUGAUAUUUUCUGAUAAGAGAGGCCUGGCGCUGGAUGUGCACUCGCAGUUCCUGGUGUACUUUAUUUACUUCACCAUUCUGACUGUCGUCUACUUUAUCUGUGCGGCUGUGGUCCUCAUCCGUCACUUUAGAAACCAGCCCAGAGGAGGAGGCGGGGCCGACGAGCAGACGGCGCCCACAGAGCUCAGCCCUGUGGCGGCAAAUUCGGAGGCAGAACCUUUGUCGAACGGCAAAAGUGCCAAAGCAUAAUAACAAGAAACAUGCCUCGCCUUAAAAGUGUUUGCUGCCAGUAUCUUAUCCACAGCUCAGUUUUUGCUAAAAGCUCUUCGGCGGGAACCGUCAUUUUAACCCACCGAUGGCGACUGAGUGGUUUCAGUGUUAGCUGCUGAGCUUCAGUCAUAGAAGUGCCUCUUCUGCUGCCGAAAGCUCCGGCACGACACCAGUCUGACGGGUGGCUGGUGUCCGACAGCUUACGAGAGUUUUCUAUUAAAUUUUGAUCAUCAGAUUUGCAGCAACAGAAAGAUUUUUCUUUUUUUAUUUAAUACAAGGCACUAAGUGGUACUGUGCUUGUAUACUGAGACAAAUCAUUUUAAAGGGAUAGUUGGGAUUUUUUUAUGUGGGGUUAUACGAGCUAUUUAUCUAUCGUCAGUGUGUUACAUGCAGCAGAUGGCGUCAGCACAGCCCCAGUUUGGAGAAGCAGGCCGGAGGACACAGAAGCUAAGCGAUGUAAUGUUGUGGAUAGAGGCAGCGACAAAAAUGUAUUUUAGCCUUGAAAACAAUUUCAGU